AUGGCAGGAAAAGGAGGGAAAGGACUUGUUGCGGCGAAAACCACCGCUGCUAACAAAGAUAAGGACAAGAAAAAACCUACUUCCCGCUCAUCUCGUGCCGGAAUCCAGUUUCCUGUGGGAAGGAUUCACAGACAGCUGAAGCAAAGAGUUCAAGCCAAUGGACGUGUAGGAGCAACUGCUGCUGUUUACUUAGCAUCCAUUCUGGAGUAUCUUACUGCUGAAGUUCUCGAGCUUGCUGGAAAUGCAAGCAAAGAUCUGAAGGUUAAGAGGAUAACACCAAGGCAUUUGCAGCUUGCAAUUAGAGGAGACGAGGAACUUGAUACCCUUAUUAAAGGGACAAUAGCUGGUGGUGGUGUCAUUCCUCACAUUCACAAAUCGUUGAUCAACAAAACUGCCAAGGAAUGA